AUGUGUCGCGCCCCAUCCUACUACGAAGUCCUCGGCGUGCGCUCCAACGCCAGCGAGGACGAGCUGAAGCGGGCCUACCGCAGGCUGGCGCUCAAGCACCAUCCCGACCGACACCCCGGCGAAGAGCGCGGCGAGCACGAGGCGGAUAUAUGCGGCACCGAGACUGCACCCGGCCAUUUCAAGCAGGUCAACACCGCGUACGAGGUGCUAGCGGACAGCAAGACUCGCGCGCAGUACGACAAGUUUGGCCCCUCGCUCGGCGAGGACAUCGACGAGGACGAC